CAGAGGGGCUUUCCAGCAACUUCAGUGGCAUCAGGUUCUUUUCUGGCACUGAAAACGCAGCAAUCGUUGAGGUUUGGGGUGAGCAUGACUGAAGAAGAGGUGGAGGGCUUGCAGAGGACAAGUGGACUGUAAGGACAGAAGACUUGCAAAGCAAGAUUGGUAAGAGCUGGAAUAGGAGAGUGGUUUUCUGGCAGUUUUAUCUGUGCAACCAGUCUGGUUCUCAGCACAGUUACUAGUGUUGCACCAGCAAGGCUAGUAUGAUCUUCAUGAUCCCACAUGAAGACCAGGAACGCCACCCAAAAGGCCGAUCUUAAGGCUAGAUUUCACUGCUUCUACUACCCCAAGAUUUAAUCCCACCAUGGGCCCAAACUUGCUGCCAAACUCCUGCGAGCACUGCUAUACAAAUUAAAGCUCUAACUUCAGACUAAGGCCUCCGCGGGAACGCGGGAAGCAGGCCUGAAGCGCGGUGAGGCCUCAGGGCCGGGCAGUGCGGCUGCCUCAGGGCCGGGCAGCGCAGCCACCCGCUCCACAGCGGUGUCACGCGUGGGGCAGCUCGCCCCUCACGGGUGUAAUAACGGUGGUUUGGCUUGUCGGGGAUGUUCCUGCGCGGGGCCUGCCCGGGAGGCCGGCAGCAACGAGGGGCACCUUCGGCCGGACUACAGCGAGGUGGGGGGCGGCAGCGGCGGGAGCCCUCAGCCCGGCGGUAAGCGAGGGCAGCCGCAAGCCUCGCUGCUGCCACUGAGCAUGCUCGGCUCCUCCACAUCCGCCCCCGCUCGCCGGCCGAGAGGCGCGGGGGGAGAGGUUUCCCGCCGGUAAUAAGCCCCUCGCAGGUGGCGGAGGAGGUGUGCGGGGCUCGCUGCCGCCAUGAACCCCGGCGGCGGCGGGGGGGCGGCGCCGGCCUUCCCCGGCCCCGUGCAGUUCCCCGGCGGCACCACCGUGCUGGUGGAGCUCACCCCCGACAUCCACAUCUGCGGCAUCUGCAAGCAGCAGUUCAAUAACCUCGAUGCCUUCGUUGGGCACAAGCAGAGCGGUUGCCAGCUCACUAGUGCGACGGCCGGGGCCACCAGUACAGUCCAGUUCGUGUCGGAAGAAACGGUGCCGCCGGCACAGGCACAAACCACGACCAGGACCAUCGCGUCGGAGACCCAAACCAUCACAGUUUCUGCACCAGAGUUUGUUUUUGAGCAUGGCUAUCAAACGUACCUGCCCAGUGAGAGCAGUGAGCCUCCAACUGCUGCUAUCGUCUCUACACCACCAAAAGCACGUUCAAGAAAAUCCACUUCCUCCCUUACACAGAAGAAACUAAACUGCUGCUAUCCAGGUUGCCAGUUCAAGACUUCCUAUGGUAUGAAGGAUAUGGAACGUCAUCUACGAACACACACAGGAGACAAGCCCCAUAAAUGUGAAGUUUGUAACAAAUGUUUUAGUCGUAAAGAUAAGCUGAAGAUGCAUAUGCGUUCUCAUACCGGGGUGAAGCCUUACAAAUGUAAACACUGUGACUAUGCAGCUGCCGACAGCAGCAGCCUCAACAAGCACCAGCGCAUUCACUCCGACGAGCGUCCUUUUAAAUGCCAGAUCUGUCCUUACGCAAGCCGCAACUCGAGCCAGCUAACUGUACAUCUCAGAUCCCACACGGGAGAUGCUCCCUUCCAAUGUCAGAUGUGUCCUGCUAAGUUUAAAAUCAACUCGGACUUGAAGAGGCACAUGCGCGUGCAUUCCGGUGAGAAACCUUACAAAUGUGAGUUCUGCGAGGUCCGCUGCGCCAUGAAAGGAAACUUGAAAUCACACAUUCGUAUCAAGCACAGCAUGGAAAACACUCUCAAGUGUCCGGAGUGUGAAUUCCAGUGUGGAAACAAAACCAGCCUUCGGCACCACAUCCGAACUCAUCAGCCCGAACAACCAGUGAAGUGCUCAGAGUGCAACUACUCUUGCUCCAACAAGGCAGCUCUGAAAGUGCACGAGCGAAUUCACUGCAAAGAUCGUCCUUUCAAAUGUGAAUUCUGCAGCUUUGACACCAAGCAGCGGAGCAACCUGACAACUCAUGUGAGGAAAGCUCAUGGUGACAAAGUCAAGACCAAGAAGCAAAUGGUGGAGAAGAAGGAAGGAGAUAGGCCAAAGCAAGGGGGCUCCAGGCAAGUUGCCAAACUGGACGCCAAGAAAGCAUUUAAGUGUGACCUGUGUGACGCUUCCUUUGUCCGAGAAGAUUCUCUUAGGAGUCAUAAGAAGCAGCACAGUAUGUAUAAUGGAUCUAAAAAUAACGAACUGGCUGUUCUACAGCUCCAGAUGGAUCCCAGUCGGCAGGCCAGCGCCCCAAUUACCGUCAGUCACCUCCAGGUCCCGCUGCAGGCUGCUCAGGUGUCCCCGUACAACGAGGGAAGGGUCAAGAUCAUCGUGGGUCACCAGGUCCCUCAGACUAACAGUAUCGUUCAGGCUGCGUCAGUGAAUGUCGUGCCUCCUGCGUUAGUCGGCCAGAGUCAGGAAGACCUCUCGGCCAACAGCCGCUUGCAGCUGCUGGGCCAGGUCAGUCUGUUGGCACCACCUCCGCCGCCCAUAGCUCAGAGCGAAGCCGGGCCCGUGGCACAGCCAGCGGUUCUUCUCACAACCCAUGACCAAAGCGAUGGAAGCGCUUUACAUCAGACUCUGAUUCCUGCUGCUCCCGUCAGCAGUCAUGAGGCUUCGGCAAACCAAGCUUUCAUCACCAGCUCCGGAAUCAGCUGCUCUGACUUGGAAGGCCUUAACGCUUUGAUACAAGAAGGAGCAACGGAAGUGACUGUGGUUAGCGACGGAGGUCAGAGUAUUACAGUGUCCACUUCAGCUCCCCCUCCUCCUAUCUUUUCGUCAUCCUCGCACACAGAAGCCCCGAAGCAGACCUAUUCUAUCAUUCAGAGCGGAGCCCAUACGGCUCUGCUGUGUCCAGCAGACUCCAUACCGGAUUAGUCGCAGAGUACAAUUACCAAACAAUUCUCAGUCUCGGAGGCAGUGCUGAAUUCAGCAGACGUGCAUAGGACCUAAGUGAAAGCAGGAUUUGACCUGCAAAGCCACGUACCUUCCACUUACACAUUUUACUUGUCCGUACAUGGAAGCGUACAUCCUGUAUGUGAGAAGAGGGUGCGUGUAUCCACGUGCCUCCAGUGAAAUCGGCUGGGUUCUCUGUAAAGUCUGAGUGUGGAAGCAGCUGUUGGCGAUUCCACCAAGCAGUGAGCUUCCCAGAAUGAGUCCUGUAUUGUGCUGGCUAAAAUGAGAAAGCCUCACCUUGUGAUGAAUCCCCUUCGCAGCAGAGCUGUUCUUUCAUGCACGCACCAAAAGGUAAUAGUGCAAGCCCCUCUGCAGUGUAUUUUUAAGGGAAGCCUGUUUCAGUUACAGGCUACGUAUGCAUUCGCUGCACCUGGCUGAUUGGUGAGCUGUAAGAAAUGUCUGCUACUGGGUCUGGCUCAGCCCUAGUCAAGUGGUGAGGGGCUCUUCCUUAAUAUCUGUAGAAGUUGCUAGCACCUGGCACUUAAUCUGGAAAUGCUUACACAGAAGUCCAGGCGAUCAUUUCAGAAAACAAAAGAAUUUUGUCUGUCCAUCAGUAAUAACUAACUUUGUUAGCAAGAAUACUAUUGCAAAUUAUAUACAUUGCACAGUGUUCUCUGUCAGAGGCGCCUGUGUUUUAAAAAGUGAAACAACUGCAAAUAUAUUUUUUACAAACACUA